AUGUUGGAGACACAGAUCCUUGGCUACGGCAAAGCGCUAAAUAAGUUUACAGAAAAAAUUCAAAAAGACGGCAAGUCAACCAAGCAUAAUGCACUUUGGCUGCUUUUGUCUUUUCUGGAGAAAAAUAUAGUAACAGAAACAGCUGGUGGCUUCUAUGGCCACAGACUUACUGCAUGUGAUUCAGCCUGUAAUGCCAGUGAGAGUUUGGAAGUGCAAGGAACCAUCUUCCCAGCUCCCAAUUUCAACCCCAUAAUGGACGCCCAAAUGCUAGAGGGAGCACUCCAAGGAUUUGGCUGUGACAAAGACAUGCUGAUCGACAUUCUAACUCAACGUUGUAACGCACAAAGGGUGAUGAUUGCAGAGGCAUAUCAGAGCAUGUAUGGCCGGGACCUAAUUGGUGACCUGAAGGAGAAACUUUCAGAUCACUUCAAAGAUGUCAUGGUUGGCCUCAUGUACCCGCCACCUUCUUAUGAUGCUCAUGAACUCUGGCAUGCCAUGAAGGGAGCAGGCACUGAAGAGAAUUGCCUCAUUGAUAUUUUAGCUUCAAGAACAAACGGAGAAAUUUUCCAGAUGCGAGAAGCCUACUAUUUGCAAUACAACAGCAACCUUCAAGAGGACAUUUACUCAGAGACCUCAGGACACUUCAGGGAUACUCUCAUGAACCUGGUCCAGGGAAACAGAGAAGAAGGAUACACAGAUCCUGCAAUGGCUGCUCAGGAUGCAAUGGUCCUGUGGGAAGCCUGUCAACAGAAGACAGGGGAACACAAAACCAUGCUGCAAAUGAUCCUGUGCAACAAAAGUUAUCAACAACUAUGGCUGGUUUUCCAGGAAUUUCAAAACAUUUCUGGGCAAGACCUAGUAGAUGCCAUUAAUGAAUGUUAUGAUGGAUACUUCCAAGAGUUGCUAGUUGCAAUUGUUCUAUGUGUUCGAGACAAACCAUCCUACUUUGCUUAUAGGCUAUAUAAUGCAAUCCAUGACUUUGGUUUCCAUAAUAAAACCGUAAUCAGGAUUCUAAUUGCCAGAAGUGAAAUAGACCUGAUGACCAUCAGGAAACGAUACAAAGAGAGAUAUGGAAAAUCCCUAUUUCAUGACAUUAAGAACUUUGCUUCAGGGCAUUAUGAGAAAGCUCUGCUCGCCAUCUGUGCUGGUGAUGCUGAAGAUUACUAA